GGUCCCCGCUCUCCCGGCCAGCAGGUGGCAGCAGCAGCGAGCGCUGUCUUGUUGUUACCUGUCUGUGUCACUGACCACGGCAUAGAGACAGUAGCAGCAGUGUGUGUGAGGGGGCUGGGGCAGGAAGUGACAGUGCGCUCUCCUCCCGCAGGUGACUCAGACGCCGCAGCAGCACCUUGUGACCGAGUGACGGGGGCAGGAGGAGGCGGCACCCGGAAACAGCUUCUCUCGCUCGGCCGAUACUGACGGAGCACAGGGAGAGGCAGAGCCGUCACUACAGCCCGAUCUCCCGCACUCCGCAGCCGCCGCCAUGGCCUCCUUCAUCUCCGUGCCGCUGAAGAAGACGUCGGAGGUGGAGUUGGUGAAGCCGCUGUGUAAGUUCAUCCAGAACACGUACCCGCCCGGGACCGAGCAGGCCGAGUACUGCCGGGCGGUGGAGGAGCUGGGCAAGCUGCGGAAGAGCGCGGUGGGCCGGCCGCUGGACAAGCAUGAGAGCUCGCUGGACACCGUCAUGCGCUACUACGACCAGCUCGGCUCCAUCGAGCCCAAGUUCCCGUUCGCGGAGGGCCAGCUCUGCCUCACCUUCACCUGGAAGGACGCCUUCGACAAGGGCUCGCUGUUCGGGGGCUCGGUGAAGCUCGGCCUGCCCAGCCUGGGCUACGAGAAGACCUGCGUGCUCUUCAACAUCGGGGCCCUGGCCAGCCAGAUCGCCUCCGAGCAGAACCUGGACAACGACGAGGCCAUGAAAGCCGCCUCCCGGUACUACCAGCUGGCCGCCGGGGCCUUCUCCCACAUCAAGGACACUGUGCUCUCCGCCCUCAACCGGGACCCCACCGUAGACAUCUCCCCAGACACGGUGGGCACGCUGAGUGUCAUCAUGCUGGCCCAGGCCCAGGAGGUCUUCUUCAUGAAAGCUACCAGAGACAAGAUGAAGGAUGCCCUCAUUGCCAAGCUGGCCAACCAGGCUGCAGACUUCUAUGGUGAUGCUUUCAAGCAGUGUCAGUACAAAGAUGCUCUGCCCAAGGAGGUCUUCCCAGUGCUGGCCGCCAAGCACUGCAUUAUGCAGGCCUAUGCCGAGUACCACCAGUCCGUCCUGGCCAAGCAGCAGAAGAAAUUUGGGGAAGAGGUGGGCCGGCUGCAGCAUGCCGCAGAUCUGGUGAAAACAGUGUCCUCCAGGUAUGACGAGUAUGUCAGCGCCAAAGACCUGUCUGACAAAAUCAGCCGUGCUCUCACUGCUGCAAAGAAAGACAACGACUUCAUUUACCAUGACCGAGUCCCAGAUUUAAAAGAUCUCGAUCCAAUUGGAAAAGCUGCUCUUGUAAAACCAACUCCAGUAACCUCCCCGCUGAGCCCGAAGUACAGUGAUCUGUUUGAAAAGAUGGUACCUUUGGCAGUGCAGCAGUCCCUGAGUGUCUACAAUCAGAGGAAGGCGGACCUCAUCAACACAACCAUUGCUAAGAUGAGAGAUGCUACAACUUUAUGUAACGGGGUACUUGCUUCUUUAAAUCUUCCUGCUGCUAUUGAAGAUGUAUCAGGUGACAGUAUCCCCCAGUCCAUUUUGCAGAAGUCAAAGGCUGUAAUCGAACAAGGUGGCAUCCAGACAAUUGAUCAGUUAAUCAGAGACCUUCCAGAACUUCUCCAGAGAAAUAAAGAAAUUCUUGAUGCAUCGCUGAAGUUUUUGGAUGAAGAGGAAGCUACAGACAAUGAGUUAAAAGCAAAGUUUAAGGAGAGAUGGCAAAGAACACCUUCCAAUGAACUUUACAAACCCCUAAGAACGGAGGGCAGCAACUUCCGUAGCGUGUUGGAUAAAGCAGUUGGAGCAGAUGCCGUUGUGAAAGAGCGCUACCAGUCUCAACGUGAAGCUAUUUCAAUUUUGUGUAAGGGAGAAGCAGACCUCAAUGGAGCAAUUCCUUCUGCCAAUCCAGCAAAAACCAUGCAGGGCAGCGAGGUAGUGACAACACUGAAAUCCUUGUUAGCCAACUUAGAUGAAGUAAAGAGAGAAAGAGAGCAACUUGAAAAUGAUAUCAAGUCUGUCAAUUUUGACAUGACCACCAAAUUUCUUACUGCUUUGGCACAGGAUGGAGCCAUUAACGAAGAGGCUUUAUCUGUGACUGAGCUUGAUCGCAUCUACGGAAGCUACACUGAUAAAAUGCAGAGAAACUUGGCAAAGCAGGAGGAAUUAAUCAGCAAUAUUCAAGUUUCCCACCAGGAAUUUUCAAAGAUGAAGCAAUCCAACAGUGAAGCUAACUUAAGAGAAGAAGUUUUGAAAAAAUUGGCUGCUGGGCAUGACAGCUAUAUAGAGCUUGUAGCUAAUCUAAGAGAAGGCACACAGUUUUACAAUGACCUCACUGAAAUCCUGUUGAAGUUUCAAGGCAAGUGCAGUGAUAUUGUAUUUGCCCGGAAGACGGAGAGAGAUGAAUUGCUGAAGGAUUUGCAGCAAAGUAUUGCCAGAGAACCAAGUGCUCCUUCAAUGCCAGCAGUACCAAGUUACCAAACUGCAGCACCCACCCCUCCUGCUGGCACUGCAACAUCGAGCACUCCAACACCAGCACCAAGAAACGUCUAUGCUAAUAAACAGCCCCCACCACGUCCUCCUCCACCAUCCGUUCCUGCAAGUGCCCCAGCUCCUGUUAGUGCAGGACAAAAUAUGAAUCCUGCGGUACCAGGUGCCUCCGCCCCUGCACCCACACAGCCUCUUCCUAACACUAUACCUUCGCAGGCACAGGGUCCUCCGUUCCCAACCUACCCAGGAUAUACAGGGUAUUAUGGAAUGCCUAUGCCUGUUGGUUAUAAUCCAUAUAUGUAUGGCCAAACCAUGCCUCCCUACUUGUAUCAACCCCAAGCAGGUCAGGCCCCUUACCCAACUCAGCAACCUGGUUUCCCAUGCCCUCAGCCGCCUUUUUACCAACCUCAGUAAGAAGUGCUUAGAAAAAAAUGCUUUAAGAAAACUAAAAAAGAAAAAAAAACACUUUCACUGGCAUUUAGUGCCCUAUAUAAGAAAUAUAAAACUCCCUAAUUUCUGUCUUGAGUUCUAAGAACAGUUUGAGUUAAACUUCUGAGUGCACUAAGCUGUUUCUGCCUGCAUACCUUUACGCGUGAUCAGAAUGAAAAUAUGACUCAUAGUUUUGCCUGACAAAGAUGACCUUACACUGAUUUGGGGAUCCUUUGAUAAUGUACACACGCCCCUGGUAUCCCUAUGCUCUUUCAUAUAUUAAAAUUGGGAUGUUCUCUCAUUUGUUUUCUUUUUACUCUUUAUUUCUCUACAGUUCGGUUAUUGUAUGCUAUUUUUUUUGUCUAUUAAUCAAAAAGCCUUGUAAAUCAUCAUAAUGAAAAAUAAACCUAAAAAAGCACAGCAGAGCUUGAGAAUGUUAAUCUAAGAUGUAUAAUUCAAAUAUAGUUUAUAAAACAACUGCUACAUUUUGCAAAUUG